CUAACGUAUGAUACUCUCAGGUUUGAGUAUGAAGACUUCCCAGAGACCAAAGAGCCUGUUUGGAUACUGGGGAGAAAAUAUAGUGUAUUAACAGAGAAAGAAGAGAUCUUGUUAGAUGUGACUUCUCGUCUUUGGUUCACAUACAGAAAAAACUUUCCUGCCAUUGGGGGAACAGGCCCUACAUCUGACACUGGUUGGGGCUGCAUGCUAAGGUGCGGCCAGAUGAUCUUUGCUCAGGCCUUGGUCUGCAGACAUUUAGGCAGAGAUUGGAGGUGGAUGAAAGGGAAGAAGCAAACAGAUAACUAUUACAAUGUUCUUAAUGCUUUCAUCGACAAAAAAGACAGCUACUAUUCAAUCCACCAAAUAGCCCAGAUGGGAGUUGGAGAAGGAAAAUCCAUAGGCCAAUGGUAUGGACCAAACACAGUUGCACAAGUACUCAAAAAACUUGCCACUUUUGAUACAUGGAGCUCCUUGGCAGUGCACAUAGCCAUGGAUAACACUGUUGUAAUGGAGGAGAUUAGGAGGUUGUGCCGGUUCAACUAUCCAUGUCAUGGGGCUUCGGCAUUUCCCACUGCAGAAUUGGAUUUGCUGUCCAAUGGGUAUCCAGAUGGAGCAGAGAGUACAGACAGGCUAUUGCUCUGGAAACCUUUAGUACUGCUGAUACCUCUUCGUCUUGGGCUCACAGACAUUAAUGAAGCCUAUAUUGAAACACUGAAGCACUGUUUUAUGAUGCCUCAGUCCCUAGGAGUCAUUGGAGGAAAACCUAACAGUGCUCAUUAUUUCAUUGGAUAUGUAGAUGAAGAACUAAUCUACCUUGACCCACACACUACUCAGCCUGCUGUGGAGCCAACUGACAGUUGCCACAUCUUUGAUGAGAGUUUCCACUGCCAACAUCCCCCCUGCAGAAUGAGCAUUGCGGAGCUCGAUCCUUCUAUUGCAGUGGGCUUCUUCUGCAACACAGAGGAAGACUUUAAUGAUUGGUGCCAACAAAUCAAAAAGUUGUCAUUGAUCAGGGGAGCCCUGCCAAUGUUUGAACUGGUAGAACAUCAACCUUCACACUUCUCUAGCCCUGAUGUUUUGAAUCUCACUCCAGACUCAUCUGAUGCAGACAGACUGGAAAGAUUCUUUGAUUCAGAGGAUGAAGACUUUGAAAUCUUAUCUCUUUAAAAAAAAUACCAACCAUAAUAAGCUAACUCUGCCAAUUUGUGUUGUGGGGGGAGGGAAGCUCCUUGGAGAGCCUAGGGCUUACCAGCUUUCAUAGGUGCUUGUUGACAUCCCUGCCUCCCAUCCACCCCCAGCAUUCUGUGCAGCCUUGGAGCAGAGUUAAUUUUCUGCAGUGGGAUCAAGAAACGGGUCAUCAUUAAGGCCUUAAUAGCUUUAGUUAGGCUUUCUCAGUGCAAGAGUACCUGCAGGAAAUGGAUGCAGCGUUUCCUAGGAGCUGAAGAUUAUUUUUAUGCUAGCAGGCCUGAAGGCCCAACAAGAGUAAUAUUAAAAGCCCUUCUAAGGUGCUUGAUUCUUGCAAGUUAUCUCUAUUAUUAGGGAAAUUUUACCCUAUUUAGUUCUGUCUUUUUGUAGUUUGGUGUGGAAACCAGCAUAAAAUAAUGCCAGAUACCUGUCAGAUUGCUGUCCCCCUAGUCCUACAGAACAAGUUCUUCAUCAGUUGUGGGCCUUUCAUACCUGAUGGA